ACACAGGAAAUGGUGAACAGCUUUAUGAAUGUCCAAUGUGCAGUCUCACCUGUACAAACAUUCAGAUUCUUGAAGAACAUGUGGAUUUACACUUAGAGGAACAAAGCUUUUUGGAAGGUGGAAACAUAAGAGAUCUAGAACUGGCUCAGCAACUCCAAACUGAAGAAGACAAGUGGCAGAGAUCAGAAGAAGAGAAGCGAGAGAGGGAAGAAUUUAAAAAGCUGCAAAGACAGUAUGGCUUGGAAAAUUCUGGAGGCUACAAGCAGCAAUUCCUAAAGAAUAUGGAAAGGGAAGUUGAUAGAGGAAGGAUGCAGCCUUUUGAAUAUCACAAGAGAAAAGCUGACAUGAUGGAAUGUCUGGCUUUUGGUAUAGAUGAUGGGAAAACAAAGACCUCAGGGGUCAUUGAAGCAUUGUGCAAGUACUAUCAGAACGAAAACAAAGAUGUGAGGCGUGUAUGGCUUUCAACAGGAGUAGAUCACUUCCACUCAUCUUUGGGCGACAGAGGCUGGGGUUGCGGUUACAGGAACUUCCAAAUGCUCCUUUCCUCACUGUUGCAAAACAGCUUGUAUAAUGACUCCUUGAGAGAUACUACACGAAUUCCUAGUAUACCAAAGAUUCAGUCCAUGAUUGAAGAUGCCUGGAAAGAAGGCUUUGAUCCUCAGGGGGCAUCUCACUUCAACAACAGAUUAUAUGGUUCCAAAGCAUGGAUAGGAGCAUGUGAAAUUUAUUCACUGUUAACCAGUCUCAGGAUAAAGUGUCAAAUCAUUGACUUUCACAAACCAACUGGCCCUAUGGGUACACACCCUCGUUUAUUUGAGUGGGUUUUGCGUUACUAUUCUACAGAUAACGAAGGUGGUGCAAAGGUAGUGUGUACUUCCAAACCAUCUAUCUACUUGCAACAUCAAGGUCAUAGUCGUACUGUUGUUGGAAUAGAAGAGAGGAAGAAUAGAACCUUAUGUUUGCUACUGUUUGACCCGGGAUGUCCUUCCCAAGAAAUGCAGAAACUGCUAAAACAGAACAGUGAUGGUACUAGUCUCAAACUACUUCGGAAAUUUGUGGGUAGCUUAAAAGAAAAGCAGUACCAGAUAGUGGCUGUAGAUGGUGUACUCUCAUUGGAAGAGAAAGCUGCUCGCUGCCAUGCUUCUCAGGUAUUAACAUCAGAGAAGAUUCCUUAAAGGAUGCCUUUACUACCUCUUUUGGAAUCUGCUGGAUGCAAAACAUUUAACUUCUGGACUGUGAC